AUGAGUGAGAAAGAGCCCAACGUGACGUCCAAUUUGGGGACCUUGGAUCGACAGGAUGAUGCUGUGCGUUAUCUCGAGGGUCACGCUGAUGUGAAUCCAAAUGUGGAUUUGGGGGCCUUGCGCCGUAAGAUUGAUCGACGUCUUAUGCCUUUUAUGUUCUGUUGCUACGUUUUGCAAUUUCUCGACAAGGUGAUGCUGAAUUAUGCGGCUGUUAUGGGAAUCAAGAAGGAUCUUCAUCUUGUGGGCAAUGAAUUCUCCAAUACAGCAACAUGGUUCUUUAUCGCCUAUCUGAUUGCCGAGGUUCCCAAUGUCUAUUGUUUACAAAAGGUUCCUGCCGCAAAAUGGCUCGGGGGCAACGUCUUUCUGUGGGGCGUGGCGGCGGCUGCUUCAGCCGGCGCAAAAGACUACAAAACUCUGUUGACAGCCCGUAUUUUCCUCGGCAUCUUCGAGGCAACCGUCGGACCGUCGUUGAUGCUCUUGAGUAGUCAGUACUACACAAGAAGCGAACAGGCUCCUCGAUUCACCUUCUGGUAUAUGGGUCUUGGAGUUGCGCAGAUCUUGGGCGGCAUCAUCUCAUUCGCCUUCCAGCAUGUGAAAUAUGCCUCUUUGGAAGGCUGGCGCAUCAUGUUCAUUGUCCUCGGUCUAGUCACCAUGGUCGUGGGCGCCUUGACAUACUUCUUCAUCCCAGAUACCCCCAUCAAAGCCAAGUGGCUGUCAGAGGAAGAGAAGAUUGCACUCCUUCAGCACGUCGGUGAGAAUCAGACAGGGGUAUGGAGCACGACGUUGAACUUUGGCCAGAUCAAAGAUGCCGUCUUUGACGUACAACUAUGGCUGUUGACCUUGAUCACGAUUCUGAUCUCCGUCUCCAGCGGAGUCGUCACGACUUAUUCUGCAACUUUGGUCGCGGGAUUCGGAUUCCCAGGUCCUAUCUCCGCCUUGCUCAAUACCCCCGGUGGCAUCGUCAGUAUUUUCUUCACGCUUCUUGUCGGAUUCGGCAUCCGCCGCACCUCCCAUCGCUGGGCCUGGAAUGUGCUCUGCACAAUCCCCGGAAUCGCGGGCGGCGCCCUGAUGUCCUUCUUACCAAAAGACAACAAGGCCGGUGUUCUGAUCGGUAUCUACUUGGUCAACGCCAUUGUCGCCACUCUUCCCAUUCUCUACCAGUGGACAAUGGCGAACUGCGCGGGCCACACGAAGCGUGCCUUUGCAAGUGCUCUUGUUGCCGGUUCCUUUUCGGUGGGGAACAUCAUUGGUCCGCAGACAUUCCAGGCACGCGAUGCUCCAGAGUACAAGCCCGCCAAGAUUGCAGUGUUGGCCACGCAGGCAGCGGCGGCUGUUCUGUCGGUUGUGCUAUUUGUUUAUUAUCUCUGGGAGAACCGUCGACGUGACCAGAAAAAAGGGGCCCGUGGACGAGUCGAUGGUUGA